AUGUCGAAGACUAUCGUCGUAUCCUUGGUAUUGGUUGGAUGCUGCGCUUUGCUUAGCAAUGCUGGAUCCUAUUAUUAUCACAACGCACCAUACCGGCCGGGACCCCCACCUCCGCCCGUUCCACAAUAUUACCCGCCCGUGCCGAAUUACGACGUCGUGCCAUCUAAGGAUUACGAAAAUGUCAACUAUCCUUCCUGGGAAAAGCUACCGUGGAAGCCGAUCACGUACUUCCCAUGGCCUGAACCGGAGCCGGAACCACAUUACCCACCGCAUUAUCACGUUGGUUCAACCACCCCGUGUCCUUACAAGACAACGACCACGAAGAAGCCAACUACCACUACUACGCCUAAGCCAACAACCACGCCGCGUGUCGUAGUAACGACAAAGCAUUAUCAUGCCGGAUUACUAUUGAAGGAUCAUUCAUAA